AUGCGUAUUGAAAAGUGCUACUUUUGUUCAAAAAGCGUAUAUCCCGGACAUGGUUCUGCGUUUGUGAGGAAUGACGCAAAGGUAUUUCGCUUUUGCACCUCAAAAUGUCACAAAAACUUCAAAAUGAAGCGUAACCCGAGGAAAGUGCGAUGGACUAAGGCAUUCCGCAAAGCUGCUGGGAAGGAGAUGACAAUCGAUUCUACGAUCGAGUUUGAGAAGAGGAGAAAUGUUCCAGUACGCUACGACCGCGAGUUGAUACAGACAACCGUCAAGGCGAUGAAACGGAUUGCGGAUAUCAAGCAUCGCAGAGAACAUGCAUUCUGGAAGAGCAGAAUGGCUGCGAGUAGAGAGAAAUUGCGCGCGUCUCGGAAGAAGAAACUGGAGAAAGCAAAGACAAUGUCUACCAAGCUAGUAGAGCCUAUGGCAGCACAAUCAUCGGAGAGCGAGAAAGUGCGGGAGAAGAUCAGGGUCCCGGCAAAGUCAAGGAGCGCACUGAUCCCAGGAGAGGGUCGCUCUAUGGGUAUGGAGAUUGACUGA